AAUAUUUUAGGGCAUCUGUUAUCGGUUUUAUAAAAAUUGCUACAUUUUUUGGUUUUAUUUUGUUUAUUUAAUAUGAAAACUAGAUAAACAAUAAAUUUUUAGACAAUACAAAUACUUUCUAAAAUUUCAAACCGACAUUUGUGCAUAUAUACUGCAUAUACCUUUAAAAGUGUUCGGCAUCGGAGCUAUAAAACUGAUUUGUGUUCUAUUAUGAAUAUAACAAAUAUUAUUCCUGAAUCCAAAAAAUAGUUUGCUUCAGGAAAUACAAAGCUCAGGAAAUCAAAAAAAAAAUUUACCCAACACAUGUGCCUGCAUUUAUGCAUGCACAUGAAAUGCUUUUAUACGACCUGUAACUUAAAUCAUUCAAUGGAUCAAAACAUUGUAAACAUGGCUUACGAACGUUAUGGAAUACUUCUUCAGAAUGAGCAAUAUGAAGAUGAUUUAGUAAACUCGAAAGGCGCUCAAAAAAUGAAUAUGCAAAGUAUAAGCAAUGUUAUACUUUCAGAUAGUGUACCUCUUAGUAGUCACGUAAACUUACACAGAAAUAAAGUAUUUGAAUCAGCUAUUCAGGCAGAACCGAAAAGUAGUGACAACGAAACAAAUUCUAAUAUACAUGGAAAAUUUCAAUUGAAAGAAUCUGAGAAUUUAUUUGCCUCGAAACCAAGAAAGAAUACCAAUAUUGGAUAUCAAAUGAAUAUCAACUGUUAUAAAAAUAUCGGCUGUGCGGAAAAUCAGGAAAUUUCAAAGAACGUGGCCAAUAGCCUGCUAAGUAGUUCUGUCGACGGUAAUUCACCUUUCCUACCCUCAGAUACAACAAUACUAAAUCCACCUGGAAAGUCAAGGCGGUGGGAACAAAAGCUGGUUCAAAUUAAAACUAUGGAAGGAGAGUUUAGUGUUACAAUGUGGGCUUCCGGAAUAUCUGAUGAUGAAUACUCGGGGUCGGACCAAAAUGUUGGCGAGUCCGAAUUUUUGAAGGGAAAAGAUUUUGAACGUGUCACGACCCAACAAAACAAGGACUUUGAUCAGGUAGAAUCUAUGUUACAGCAGGAGGUAUUUACUCAUGAACCACAGACGCUUGAAAUGCAGCCACCUAUAAGCUCAGUUCCAAUCAUAGAACCGUUAAUAAAAGGGAAAGGAGUUCUGUCUCAUGAAAAUAAUCUUUCCACUCAGAUUUUGACUAAAUCAACCUUAAGCUUCGAAGAUCCAAUCUUGAUUUCUGAUUCCACAAGUAUACAGAUGGUAAAUGAAACUGCCGCCCUGACAAUUAAUAAUCAUAGAAUAUUAAGUAAUGACAAUACCGGCGAUCUUCAUACUUCCACUAGCUCGGUGCCAUUUGGUCUUCGCUUACAGGAAAGGCAACAAACUGAUUGCUUAUCACAAUUGCCAUACAACGACAAUACAGGUUCGAACGGCAGCACGGAUCAAGGUUAUAAUGUAUCUGAAGUCACAGUGGCCUAUCCUAACGAUAAAAAAAUUGCUUGUCCUCAUAAGGGUUGCCAUAAAAAUUUUAGAGAUUCGUCUGCGAUGCGCAAACAUUUACACACUCACGGUCCACGUGUUCAUGUUUGCGCAGAAUGUGGAAAAGCUUUCGUAGAAAGUUCAAAACUCAAAAGACAUCAGUUGGUUCACACAGGAGAAAAACCAUUUCAGUGUACUUUCGAAGGAUGUGGAAAACGAUUUUCACUGGAUUUUAAUUUAAGAACACAUGUACGAAUACAUACUGGAGAUAGACCAUUUGUAUGUCCGUUUGAUGCCUGCAACAAAAAGUUUGCUCAAUCCACCAAUUUAAAAUCUCACAUAUUAACUCAUGCGAAAGCAAAGAGGAAUACUACAAGCAUUUCGCGCAAAAGUGGUUGUUUAAACCAUGAGUCUAACACCCAGAGUGAAGAUAAUUCUACGAAAUUUAUUAAGGUUGAGUUACGGGAUAGUGUUUCAGAAAACCAUGUUCCCUUUGUGGUGUAUGCAGACUGAAACCGUGUAUUGACCCUAUUUCAAGAUCUAUCUCGAUCAAAUUUUUGAUGUAGAUAGAAAUCGUGAUUCCUAAUAAGAUUCAGAACUCCUUUUUUGAAUUUUCUAAAAAAUUAAUUAAAUCAUAUUUGAAUUCGUCAAAUUUGAUUAAAAUUAGAAAGUAAAAUAAAGGGGUGUAUAUUAUAUUUAUUAUAAAAAUAAUUUUGUAAUGUAUUUUGUAAACAUUAAUAAAAAUUGGACAUAUAUCAGGUUGUCAAAUA